AUGGCGGCCUUUACACUUCCGGAUCCUCCGUCUACCAACAAGACCAAUCUUGCCAUUGCAGAGCUGGUCCUUUACGCGAUUCUUUUCAUUCCGACAUUACUGCUCGUCUGGAAACAUGGCAAGGCUGGAAUGACCUGCUGGCCGAUUUUUCUCUCGUACUUCCCACUUCGGUUCGUUGCCGAUGGGUACCAGAUUGCCAAGCGCAAUGAUCCCGAGAUUCCCAAUGCGGUAAUUAUCAUGACUACUGCCGGAAGCAUUGCUUGCUUAUCCCUGACCAUAAUUGGAUUAAUCUAUGAAGUGAACGUCAUCCUCCCACUGCCCCCCAAAAGAUGGACCGAACGAAUCCUCCUCGCCGUCACUCAUCUCUCCAUCACUGCGGGCAUCACACUAUCCACCUACGGAGGAGCACCAAAGUUUGGAGCCCCCGGUGGUGUCCUCUCACAACAUCUCAACCAGAUCGGCACCUGCAUGAUGCUGUUCGUCAUGAUCUUCGGUGUAGGGUGGUGGCUCUGGUGGACAGGAAAGCGCGUCACAGCCAUGAAGUCGCACCCAAACUUCAUACCUGCGAGAUUCCUGCUUCUCACGGCAUACGCGGCGUUUCCGUUCCAGCUUGUUCGGCUGGGCUACACUUUAACGUACUCCUUCACCCCGUACUCGAGCUUGGAUCCUGUUUCUGGAACCUUCGCUACUAGACUGGUGCUUAUGUUUGGUAUGCAGAUGAUUGUCGCUGUUAUUGUUACUGUAGGGGGUUGGCGGGGUACUGGUGCUGUGCCAAACUCCGCCCAGAGCGGCGCGCGCCAGGGAUUCGGAAGUGUCGCGAAUCCAUGGGUAUGA